GCUUCGACGAUUUGUGCUCACUGCUAGAAAGAAGACAUCGUUGAUUAUAUUACAAACAAAUCUUUGUUGAAAAAGACGCCAAACUCGAACACACACUGAAAUAUUUGGUGAUUUAUUCCAUUGGUAAAGUUUUAAACUGCCGUAUCGUAUCACAAAUAUUUAUACUGAAUGACAUAGAAGGAAGUUUGUAAUAUCAUAUGAAACUAGAUUUAAUUCUAGUGUAUACAUAAUUCAAAAUAACACGUGAUAUAUAUAGCUACCUGAUUAAUUUACAGGUAUCCCAAAACUUUAAACUUGUAUAGGAUUACAUAUAUUUUGUGGGAUUUUUUUACGAGCAACGUCCAUGAAAACAAAUAAACAGUGAUUUUUUCAAUAUAUGUGUUAUCAUGGCGGCGGAAAAUGGUGAUUUUGAUAACAGAGUUGGGGAAAUCAGAGAGCUGAACGAUGAACACAGUUCAGACGCCACAAGAAGGAAUUCGGCUUUCUCACCAGUAAAAGAAGAUACAGGGUCAAAUUUAAACGCACUAUUUUCCACGGAGGUUGAUUCUGAUGACCAGGAAAUUGAGGCGUUACAACAAGAGUUGCAUGCGUUGGAAAAGGAUGAAGUAAAACUACGCAAAAUUAAACAGAAAGAUGAAUUACGCCAGAAAGUGGUUAGCAAACGGAAUGAAGUGAAAUCGUUAAGAGACCGUUAUUCAACUUUUGAGGAUCUUUUAACUAUAACAGACAUGGACAUUUUCGAUUUCACGUUCUUUUUAUUUCUUUGUGAUGGAAUGAAACAUCAUUUUGACUGCAAGUGGAACUGCGACUCGGAACAAAUGAAAAUAAAUCUGACAGAAACAAGUAAUGAAAUGGAGAGCAAAACAAUACAUGACGCGCUUCAGCAAUUAAAUGACGCCUUCAACACUCGAUCAAGAGAGUCUUAUCAAUUAACAGAUAGCGAAAUAUCAAAGGCAAAGGAGUUCAUAAAAGAUGACAAAAGAGUCAAACAAUAUCCAGAAGUACUUAUAGAUGCCGGUGUAAGAGAGGCUGAGCAAAAAAUAUUUGUUAUAAUGUCAACUGCAGAAAAUAAUGAUAAGUUCCUAACAGUGAAACACAUGUUCGACGUAAAAAUCGGAAGGAAGAAAGUAUCUAAACGGCCCGAAAUGAAACGAACGGAACUAACGGUUAGACCAAAGGCUAGUGGCAUAAGUAAAAAAUCACGAAGUUUUCUCACUUUUGAGAAAAUUAACGUAACUGUUGUUAAUGACACGUUAGAAAAUAUUGAUGGCCAAGUAGAUGGAAUUGUUAAUCCGACAAAUGAAAAGUUAGACGCAACUGGACAAGUCUCCAAGGUAUUAGAACGUCUUGGAGGUGAAACAUAUAUCCAGAAUUUUAAGAAAGCCGUGUUUCCAGCAAACAGAAAGUCAACUAUUUUUGUCACAGGUGGUGGGUGUAUGAAAACCAAGACAGUCUUGCAUGUGAAAUGUCCCCAAUUGCAAGAUAAAAACGAAAAGGAGAUACAAGAUGCUUUGUUUAAUUGUGUCCAUUCCUGCUUGGAAAUGGCUGGGAAGAAAUCUCUUGAGUCUGUAGCUAUUCCAUUGCUGUUUACAGGUAAUGCCGCGAUUCCAGUAAAUAGGUGUGGCGAGCAGUAUGCAUUUGCAGUGAUGGAGUUUAGCAGGAAGCGAAUGAACACAUUUGUUGUACAGGAUGUAAUUUUCGUUGAAGUAAAUGAGAGAAAGACCGCAGAACUUAUUAAGAUAUUUGAUGAUAUUUUGCCAAAAUCAUGUAAUCAACUUCUGGAAAUACCAAAACACAUAGAUAGUGAAAUAGACAAUGCUGAUGGAAAUAAAGAUUUAAGUGGACUUCCUCCAUCUUUUUCCACUGAUGUUAGUUUUAACAAAGGUGAGGAACAUUUAAUAGCUAACACUAUAGACAUAACAGUUAAGAAAGGCGACAUACGUGAUUGUUCAGUAGACGCAAUAGUAUGUCCAGAGCUACAAGGAGAACCAUAUGGAGGCCUUCUGUCGGUAUCAAUCAAAUGUGCGUAUAGACACGCAUUCCCUUCACUUCGACAAAUGGACAAGAAAGUAAAGAAAAUAGUUACAAAUUCUUGUCAUAGAUCAGGACAGUCUGGCAAAAAUGUGAAAUACAUAUUUCAAGUGAACACUCCUCUGUACAAGACAGAAGAUGAUACAAACAAAUUGAAAGAAAGUAUCCACACUGUUUUCAAAGAGCUGAAGAGCAAAUCAGAGAUAAAAAGCGUAGCAUUUCCCUUAUUGGGAGUAGCUGAAGUGCAAAACAAAGGCCCUGUAGACGUGUGUUGCAAGAUACUGGUGGAAGCAAUCUUUGAAAAUUGGAGAAAAUACAAAAAGAAUGUAACUCCAUUGCAAAUCAUUCUUGUCAACAAAUGUUCAGUCAUCUCAGAAUUGUUGAUGUCACACGUGCAAACACUUUCUGGUGGACGACUGGAAAAAGUAACUAGGAUUUAGGUGUUAACUUUGAAAACAACUCGACAAACAGCUGCUAGUGGAAAAGCCUUAGUUUGUUCUGCCUGCAUUUUUAUAGCAAACAUUAUGACUAGUGGCUUCCCUGUCACACGCAUUCACUAUGUACAUCAAAAUAUGCAGACAUAAAUUUGUUAAAGAUAGAAAAGGAAAGCACAAGACAAAGAAAAAUGCAUGUAUAAAACUUGAAAACGUAAGUCUCCGUGUUAGGCGUGUGUUUUAUAUAUAGAGACCGAUUACAUGUAUCAUAUGAUUACUUGAAAUUAUACAAUAUUGUCUAAAAGCUGUAAACACAUUUGAAAGAAAAUGUAUUUCAAUGAUAUAUAUAUAUAUAAACUAAUGUUAAGAUCUUAUGUUCAACCAGUGUAGACAAAUUGGGCUUCACUGGUUAGAUAUGCGCUUUUAAUUAUGGGCUUUUACGAAGUAUGGCUCUAACAAAAUUUUGGUAAUGUAACUAUCUUUUUAAACAAAGAAUGAAAGACAUACUGUUACAAGAGUGGAUUAAUGGUAGGAGAAUCAAGCAAAACAUUAUUUUAUAGAUUUUUCGACGUUUUAUUAUCAGAUAUACCUAAAUCAAGGAAAUAUUCUGAAAUAUAGGAUUGCACUUACUAGAUUUAGAGUUUCAUCCCAUAGGCUUAAAGUAGAAACGGGAAGGCAGAAUAAUACACCAUUUGAAAAAAGAAUGUGUCUUAUCUGUAAUAAACUACAAGACAAAUAACAUGUUUUGCUAAAAUGUUUGUAUAAUGAUUUAAGAUUGAAAUAUAUAAGGUCAUAUUUUUUAUAAAAGACCGAGCAUGCGCAAAGCAAACGGAUUAUUAACAUGUCAUAAAAUUUUUAGCAACUUUCAUACAUAGCGACUUUGAAAACAGAAACUCUUAUGUGUAAUCGUUUAACCCGCAGUGAGUAACUAUAAAUACCCAAACAGUAUUUAAACGUAAUAUUUAUUUUUCUUUUUUAUUUUACUUCUAUCGUUCUGGAACUGAAAUACAUAGUCUCCUGUCACAACUUUUGAAUUGUUAGGGAAACUUCAUUUUUUUGUCACAGAGAGGUGUAUUUUAUGCAUGUACUUAAACUCUUUAAGCAUAUUUCUACCAUAGAAAAUCCUUUUCAGGAUGUGUUAUUAAUGUUAAGUUUGACCAUGGGUCACCUUGACCUGCAUUAAAUAUAUUGUGUAUGUGUAUUAUCAUGAUUGUAUAUUGAAUAAACUUCUCUUCUUCUA